CACGAUGUCAUUUAUCACAUGCACUUGUCAGUUGUAGGGACCGCUGGUGAGUUGCGUGGCCAGGUAUUGUUUGGUUGUGCUGUACUGUUAAGGUCUUUCCGGUAACUAAAGUGUGUAAUAGCUUCUGUGUGUUGGAGGCUGUGUAUAAAAGGGCUGUUUUAGUGUGUAGUGGGCUGUGUGUAUAGGACUGAGCGUAGUGUAAACAUGACUAUGUAGAUGGGUGUGUGUGUAAUGGGUUGUAUUUAAAGUGGGCUGUGUGUAUAUGACUGAGUGUAGUGUAAACGGGACUAUGUAGAUGGGUGUGUGUGUGUAAUGGGUUGUAUUUUAAGUGGGCUGUGUGUAUAGGACUGAGUGUAGUGUAAACAGGACUAUGUAGAUGGGUGUGUGUGUAAUGGGUUGUAUUUAAAGUGGGCUGCGUGUUUUAGUCUGCGUUUAAUUAUUUGUGUUGCGGAUUUGAGUACCGGUUGUGAGUGUGUAUAGUAAAUGAUGUUUUCUGGGUUGUGUGUUUUGUGUAGUGUAUAAUGCCUUGUGCAUUGUGUUCUGUGGUUUAUGAGUUGUUUGUAGCGGGUUGUGCGUAAAAUUAAAAAAGGGUUGGGUUUUUCCAUUGUGUGCGCGUGUGUGUUGUAUAUCGAAGAUCAAGGUUGUCGUUGACAGAUAACACAAAAGAAUACCAAACAUUAAAUUGCCAUCAUUCAGUGAAGAUUUGUACAAGCCAAUAUAAGACUGUGCCUUUGGAUUAGAACUGUGAUUCUCGAUACAUCUUCUUUCACAACAUUAAGUAUCUGCAGCCAAAUAUAUAAAGUUAUUAAACUAGAGGCGAACUGUCUUAUUGUCCGAACGUUGCAAGGGAAAUAAACGUGAAAAAGGUCAGGAUUCCAGGAGUUACCUGUUCCUGACUGAAACGCCGUCCGAUGCUGGAACACAGCCUACUUUGGCAGAUCCCUUCUGGGUACAGGGGGGUGUGGUGUCAGGAUUUAUCGCGCGAGGGCGCCUUGCAGUUUGUCUUUAUGGCGCAACUUGAAGAAAGAAUGACACAAGAUUCCUCAUCAGCAUUUGUCACACCAAGUCCCUCCCCAGAGGGCAUUCCUCCUCACUCCAUGUCAUCACCUAUAGCUAACAAUUACAACCGGGGCAUCAAGCGACACAGAAGUGGCAGCGACGGUGACGCCAAUGACAGUGAUAGUGAUAAAUGUGCCCCCUCAGGGCAAUCAGAGCCCAGUACUCCACUCUUGCCUGUCUCUGUUCAUAAGAAGAAGAAGACCAGCUUGAAAAAAGACCAUCAAGGCAGCAAGAGUAUUAAGACUGAACCCAGCUCUGCUUUCACCAAAGGUGACUUAAAGAGUGUGAAUGAAGAGGACUAUGAUAAGGGCGACAGCCUCUGUGGUAUACCCCCAUGUCAUACAAACACUUCAGACAAAGCUGGUGACUGUGUUAGGGGCUCUUCUUGCAGAAGCCCCCACCUCUGUGUUAACUUUUGUUGUAACAAUAAUAACAAUGUGGACAGUAUCUACAGUCUGCACAAACAGUCGUCGCCUGCAUUGCUUUCAUCCUCAUCCCCCCUGCACAGCUCAGCCCCUCUGUUGUCAUCCAUCUUCCACAUACAGCCCAAAAAUGGCAAUACCUGUGACAUUGUGAACUCUCACGAGCUCUUAUGGCCUGGCCACCUCAGCCCAGACUUUAGCAACAAGCUGGAAAUUAAGGCAGAGUUUGACCCUUCACCUUACAGCUCACCCUCGCCUGCACUAUCUCACUUGUCAGAUGAUAAGGACCAGUGUGAGCCAGUAGAUCUUUCACUUUCAAAAUUUAAAGUGAAGUCAGAGAAUCUGUUUCAACAGGGACUAGACUUACGCAUUAUUCCAAAACGUGAACCUGAAGAAAAUCAAUCAGACGCAGGGAAUAAAAUUGGCUCAGCUUCACUUCUGCCAUUGCAACGGAUUAAAGAGGCAUCACAGCAAUUUAAAAGUCAAAGCAAUGCCCACAACCAGUUUGACAUCCAGUCUAGAGGGAUCCGCUACUCCAUCACACCCAGGUUUGCCAAACAGGAAGAGGCUUAUGAUGAUGUAGAAAGCCAGAAGGCUCGUCGUGUUCACAGGUGUGACUUUGAUGGCUGCACCAAAGUCUAUACUAAAAGUUCACACCUAAAAGCCCACCGCCGAACACAUACUGGUGAAAAACCUUACAUUUGUACUUGGGAAGGUUGCACCUGGAGGUUUGCUCGGUCAGACGAGCUCACACGCCACUUCCGCAAACACACGGGGGACAAGCCUUUUAAGUGCCAUGUUUGUGACAGAGCUUUCUCUCGGUCAGACCAUCUAUCUCUUCACAUGAAAAGACAUUGAGUCAUUAAAACUCUGUCAACCAACAACUUAUUUCUUGAUGACUUAAUGUCCUGAGCCUGUGACAUGCAUGCAGCUGCAAAAAAAUCACUGAACACGCUGUCUACCUAUCUUAAUGUACAUAGAUCCAGUAAUCAGAUUCAAAGGCAUUUAAUGUUUGACCAUUUUGAUGCAUUUGUUAUAUUCUGAACCCGAGUGUUAUUGAUACAAAGUUUUCAAUAUGGAAUUGAUAUUAACUUUUGGCAGGCAACUGAGGCUUGUGCUAAAUUUGUACAUCUUUACACUGUUUAUCCAUUUAGAUUGAGCUAACACCUCUUCUUCACUUACCUAUAUUUCAGUUUAAAUAUUUCCAACAUAAAAUUAUUUAAGAAGACAGUUUGUAAGUCUUUAAACCAAAGUAACAAAAGAAAAAAAAAAAGGAGAAAUGCUAAAAGAUAAAGUAACAAUCUGGUAAGAUAAUCACAUAUCCAUUCAGUAUUGUGAUUCUUAAUUUUUUUUUAUUGAGUUGUUCCUCUUGAAGAAAUGGCAAAAAUUAUUCUCAAACCUUUUAUCAAAUUUUUGUUUUGGGAGGAGAUAAUAACCUUCUGAAUGAUAUGAAAACUUAAAAAGCUAAUUUCUUGAUAUAUGUACAAGAGUACAAGAACAUUUAAAAAAAAAAGGGGGGGGGGACACUUAUUUCAAAGUAAUUUUUGAUGAAUUAUUUCUUUUUGUUUUUUAUUAUUCACUAUUUCUAUGCUUGUUUAUAAUUCAAUUAUUUAUAUUCUACUUUUUUUGGUCACUUUAUUUGUAAAGAUGAAAGAGUAAAUUAACAAUACUGUACAAUGAGUUUUCCUUUGUUGUAAAAACUAACUUGGCUAUAUAUAUGCCUUCCUGCCCUCCAGUUCUGUUAAAGCACAUCCAAAUACAUGAUGAGAUUAAAAAUGGUUCUUGUGAUAAUUCCAACUUUUCAAACACCAGACGUACAAUGUGGAAAAUUACAGUUGGCUAAAAACUUCUUGAAAUGACUAGCAUGAAGUGAUAGUAUAUAUUGUUGAAGGCUGUGAGUUUUCCUUUACUUUCUGGGUUGUUUGUUUGUUUGUUUUUUUAUUGGAGUAAAAAUAAUUCAUUAUGUUUAUUUAUAGCCUUUGUUUUGACCUGGGACUUGGUCAAGGAGAACCAGUUGGAGUUUAAUAACAACUGCGGUAGAAGAUGUAUAUAAUAGACUUUCUCUUAUUAAAGAGAAUUUGCGAUUCGAGAAUGGCUCAUUAUGUUUAUGAAUCAACUUGUACAAAACUUAUUUUAAACUUCAUUUACUAGUAAUUCAUUCUUGGAGAUUUACAGAAUUACAAAUGUAUGCUUAUUUUGUUUGGUUAAAUUUUUUUAGUCCAUUUUUUUUAAGCAAAUAAAAUUUUGAGUCAUUUCUGCAUAGCAAAACAAAACGUUUUUUUUUUUUAUGAUUGUUUGUACAGUUGUAUAAAUAUAAAUUAUGUAAUUUAUUGUAAAUAUUUUAGUGUGAUUUCUGUUGUUUUUUUUUCUCUUACCAUCAACAUUUUUUAUUGUUGACUUUAAAAAAAUAUUUCCUCUAAAGCAGGAAGUGAAUAUAACUAUCUCCCCUACCCAUUUUCAUGUAGUAUAAAUAUACAGUCCUUUCCCCUGCAUCCCGGGUCUUGUCUUUCGAUUUCUAUAUUUGUGAUGCGCAUACAAUGGGUGAGUGUCUUUAUAUAUAUAUCAGGAAAUAUGCUGAUUUUUUUUGUGUACAAUUUUAUUAGAAGUAAAGAAAUGUCAUUUAGACUGCUGGUACUGUCUUGUAAUUAAAUUGGCAUUUUAAAAUGCCAAUGGCUGUAUUGUUGAAUAUUUAUAGCUGUGAAUGAAUUGAAAAAAAAUAUGUAAAUCAGAUAUUUGAUUUGUGAUUUGCUCAGAUGAAAAUUUAUUUUUUAAAAAUGUGCUUCCUUGGUGACCAUUUCUUAUUUAUGUAUCGUGUAACUUUGUCCGGUUAUUUCCUAAAAUUAUUUUAUUUUUUAAUUUUUUUUAAAAAGUAAAUGCUAUUUGUUAUAUUAGCUGGCAGCAUCUUUUAAAAAUAGCAAUGUCAGCUUUGGAACUGCUAAAUGGUCUUUUGUUUCUGUCAUUUCUAAAAAAUAUAUGUAUUCAUAUUGUUUCUAGGGUUGCCAAAUCGUCAGUAAAAAAAAAUAGACUUAAAUUAUUUUUUUUUCAAAAUUAUGUCACUAAGAGAAAAAAAAAGUAUGCCAAUCAAAAUGAGCAAUUACAGACAUUACUGUCCAAGUAAUUCAUUGACAUAUUGAGACUAACAAGUAACAACUGUCAUAAACAUGUUUAAAAAAUAGUCUGCUAUAAAUGUGUAAAGACAUGCAAGAUUCAGAAAGGUGUAUGUUACAAGUUUUUAUAUAUGAAGUUGGCAACCAUGACCUUUAUGCUUUUUAAAAAAAAAAAAGUUUCUUCAACCUAUUUUUUUUUUUUUGUAAUAUAAAAAAGAAACUGCUGAGGAGAACAUAAUUCUUUUUGCUGCUAAUUUGCAGCAGUUAGUGUCUAUCUAGUCCCUCAACACAAGUGCUGCUUUUUUAAAGUUGGCAACUGCUUGACUUUUGUCUUUGAUGCUUUUCUUUGUUUGUUUUAUUAUUUUGUUUAAAGCUGAUUUAAUUCUUAUUAAUUUUGUUUAUGCAAAUGCUUAAAACAAAAAGGCAUCAAUCAAAUUGUUUAAGUUUAAUUUUUUGAUGUUUUUUUUUUAGUUGAAUAAUUAAUUGCACUGAAUAAUGUAUGAGGCUGGAAAAAGUUGGUUAUUUUUUUUUGGACAAUAAUGCCCAUUUAUUUUGUUUUUUUGUGUGCAUUUUUUUUAUUGCAAAUUCUUUCUUUAUUGAUUUAUUUUAAAGAACGUACCAAUAUGAGAAAUAGUUAACUAUGUACAUUUAUAUUAUCAGACCAGUAGUUAUUGAGUGAGAAUAGACAAGUAGGCUUCUAACAUUUUCUGAUUGUUAUUAGUGUUAUAGUGACCUAGUUGUUGUUGGGUGAAGGUCAAAGUGGUAAGUUUUCUUUGGGUAAAAAGGAUAUUUUUUGUCUUCCCUGUGAUUUCAUUGGCUGUUUGAAUCCUGUAAUGAAAAUAUUUCAUUCAUGUUUUUUUUUCUUUCCCUUAUUGUGAUUGAGAUCUAUUUUAUUCAUAAAAUGUAUGAUUCAUUUUCUUCCCUGUCCCUGCAUUUGCCAUAAGAUAUUAUUUUUGCCAGUGUUUUUCAUGGAUUUCACGUCUGUCUGUACAGUGCCUGUCUGAAUGGAGUAGUAUGAUUGGUGAUGUUUUGGUGUCUGCUUGUUUGCCAUUGUUAGUGACCACCUUCAUUUUUCUUAAUUAAAUGUUGAGUUUAAAUGUGUAUUGUUUUAAUAAGUGUGUGUGUCUUCUGCUAAUGAAAGGUUUGGUUAAACAUUGGAGAUGAAAUAGCUCUUAUUUUGAAAUACCAUAUGUAAAGAAACAAGUAAAACAAUAAAAAUGGACAUAUACAAAGAAA